AUGCAGGUAUUCUCAGCCUUUGGGUUUGUCCACAAGAUUACUAUGUUCGAGAAGACAGCCGGAUAUCAGGAUUUCCAGUCAGCUGGUGUCAAGUUAUGUAUGGUGAUGAUAGAUGUUGGAAAACCAAAUUUGCAACUAGUCUUUUCAGUCAGGAAACUGGGAAUAUUGUAUGCAUUGGUAGUUUCUCAGAAAGUGUUACAUGUGGGAAACUUGGCAAUAUCGUGUGCACGAUUUUGGUACCUACUCCCUGAGACAGUGAGACAAUGUUCUCUUAAAAUCACAUAUUCAGCUCAUACAGAUUUGACUGUCAAAUAUCAGAGUCAUCGGAGCAGAGACUAUACUAAUCCUUACCUUCUCGUUGCUCCAUCAGCCAUUGCUAGUACUGGUCAGGAAAAUGUAGCUUCUGAUUCCGAUUUGCUUCCCAAGGGUGUUUUCUCGGAGUCCCGGAGCGGAGACAGCGACGGGGAAGUUACUGAUUCGGCGGAGAAUCGAUUGGUUUCGGAUACGGAGGUUAAAGGAUUAGGGAUGACCGAUAAAUUUGUAGGUGGCGAGGAGACAAUUGAAGCCAGCCUUGCGGCGGAGACGAAAAGUGAAGGAGGAAACUCUGAGGUUAGUAAUGGAGUAACGGAAGGUAAGGAGGAAGACCAGAAGAAGAGCAAGUUUAAGAUUGUGGUGUUGCUGAUGGGACUAUGGGCGGCUAUAAAGAGAACCAUAGAGAAGGUUAUGGAGUGGGAGUGGCUAAGCUGGUGGCCUUUCUCUCGCCAAGAGAAGCGGCUCGAGAAACUCAUCGCCGAAGCUGAUGCCAAUCCCAAGGACGCGGCUUUGCAAGGAGCUUUAUUGGCUGAGCUAAACAAGCACCUUCCUGAGGCUGUAGUUCAACGGUUCGAACAAAGGGAACACGCAGUAGACAGUAGAGGAGUUGCUGAAUAUAUUCGAGCUCUUGUCAUUACAAAUGCUAUUGCGGAGUAUCUUCCUGACGAACAGACGGGGAAGCCAUCUAGUCUUCCCACAUUGCUGCAAGAGCUAAAGCAUCGUGCAUCAGGCAAUAUGGAUGAAUCAUUUGUGAACCCUGGUAUAUCUGAGAAGCAACCGUUGCAUGUUACUAUGGUUAAUCCGAAAGCUUCAAACAAGUCAAGGUUUGCGCAAGAGCUUGUCUCUACAAUCUUGUUCACAGUUGCGGUGGGAUUAGUGUGGUUAAUGGGUGCAGCUGCUCUUCAAAAGUAUAUUGGAAGCCUGGGAGGAAUUGGAACUUCUGGUGUUGGUUCAAGUUCUUCAUAUUCCCCAAAAGAGAUGAACAAAGAAAUAACACCAGAAAAGAAUGUCAAAACAUUUAAGGAUGUAAAGGGUUGUGAUGAUGCAAAACAAGAGCUUGAGGAGGUGGUAGAAUAUCUAAAAAAUCCAUCAAAGUUUACCCGCCUUGGAGGAAAGUUGCCAAAGGGAAUUCUUCUAACCGGUGCACCUGGUACCGGAAAGACAUUGCUGGCUAAAGCGAUUGCUGGAGAAGCUGGAGUACCCUUCUUCUAUAGAGCUGGAUCUGAAUUUGAAGAAAUGUUUGUUGGGGUAGGAGCUCGGCGUGUGAGAUCCUUGUUUCAGGCAGCUAAGAAAAAGGCGCCCUGUAUCAUUUUCAUUGAUGAAAUUGAUGCUGUUGGGUCCACGAGAAAACAAUGGGAAGGGCAUACAAAGAAGACAUUGCAUCAACUACUUGUUGAAAUGGAUGGUUUUGAGCAGAAUGAGGGAAUAAUAGUUAUGGCUGCAACAAACUUGCCUGAUAUACUUGAUCCAGCCCUGACAAGACCGGGUAGAUUCGAUAGGCAUAUUGUUGUCCCUAGUCCGGAUGUCCGUGGACGCCAAGAGAUUUUGGAACUCUACCUCCAAGGCAAACCUAUGUCAGACGAUGUGGAUGUUAAAGCAAUUGCUCGUGGAACUCCUGGAUUCAAUGGUGCUGAUCUUGCAAACCUGGUAAAUAUUGCUGCCAUAAAGGCAGCUGUUGAAGGGGCUGAGAAGCUAUCUUCUGAACAGUUGGAAUUCGCAAAGGACCGAAUAGUUAUGGGCACAGAGAGGAAGACGAUGUUCGUAUCAGAGGACUCAAAAAAGCUCACUGCGUACCAUGAGAGUGGUCAUGCCAUCGUCGCUCUAAAUACGGGAGGUGCACACCCGAUUCACAAGGCAACUAUAAUGCCACGUGGAUCUGCGUUGGGAAUGGUCACACAAUUACCUUCAAAUGAUGAAACAUCAGUGAGCAAGAAGCAGCUAUUAGCUCGUCUUGAUGUAUGUAUGGGAGGAAGAGUUGCAGAGGAGCUCAUCUUUGGUCUAGACUAUAUCACCACUGGAGCGAGUAGUGAUCUAUCCCAGGCCACAGAACUUGCACAAUAUAUGGUAUCGAGUUGUGGGAUGAGUGAGGCAAUAGGACCAGUUCAUAUAAAAGAAAGACCAAGCUCUGAUAUGCAAUCGCGCAUAGAUGCAGAGGUUGUGAAGCUUCUUCGUGAGGCAUAUGAGCGAGUGAAAUCUCUCCUGAAACGGCAUGAGAAGCAGCUACACACAUUAGCAAACGCACUUCUAGAGUAUGAAACGCUAACGGCAGAGGACAUAAAGCGUAUUCUCCUUCCAAACCAAGGAGAGAAGUUACAGGAGCAACAAGAAGAACAAGGAGACUUGGUAUUGGCUUAG